UCUCAGCACAACCUUCACCACAUAUAAAAAGAAGGGCCCGCCUCUCUCUCUGCGCUCUCUCCAAGACUCGGUCUCUCUCUCUCUCUGCUCGAUCCCGACGAAAAUGUUCAGAUCCAUGCUCGUCCGGUCAUCUUCCUCGGCGAAGCAGGCGCUUCUCCGCCGUGGGAUCUCCUCGGAGUCUGUCCCGGAGCGUAAGGUCGCCAUCCUCGGUGCCGCCGGUGGGAUCGGUCAGCCCCUCGCCCUCCUCAUGAAGCUUAACCCUCUCGUCUCUAGCCUCUCCCUCUACGAUAUCGCCAACACGCCCGGCGUCGCCGCCGAUGUCAGCCACAUCAACACCAGAUCUCAGGUUGUGGGAUACAUGGGCGAUGAUAACUUGGGAAAAGCUCUUGAAGGAGCUGACCUCGUCGUCAUUCCAGCUGGUGUGCCCAGAAAGCCUGGCAUGACCCGUGACGAUCUUUUCAACAUCAAUGCUGGAAUCGUCAAGAGCCUCUGCACCGCCAUCGCUAAGUACUGCCCACAGGCGCUCGUCAACAUGAUCAGCAACCCUGUGAACUCUACUGUUCCAAUUGCGGCAGAGGUUUUCAAGAAGGCUGGCACUUACGAUGAAAAGAAAUUGUUUGGUGUAACCACUCUUGAUGUUGUUAGGGCCAAGACCUUCUAUGCUGGAAAGGCAAAGGUCCCUGUUGCAGAGGUCAAUGUUCCUGUUGUUGGUGGUCAUGCAGGCGUUACCAUUCUCCCUCUGUUUUCUCAGGUUAGUUCUUUC